AUGGGGGCUGAGAACCACACCUCUCUCUCAGAGUUUAUCUUAGUGGGACUCUCCAACCACCGCAAGACACAGAUUCUGCUCUUUGUGGUAAUCCUCAUCAUCUACACAUUUACCCUUGUGGGCAACCUGGUGAUCAUCAUGCUUGUUCGGGCUGACCCCCAUCUCCACACACCCAUGUACUUCUUCCUGACUCAUCUCUCAGGCCUGGAGAUCUGUUAUGUUUCCAGCACCGUGCCCCAGAUGUUGGCUCACCUCCUGUCUGGAAAUGGAACCAUCUCCUUCACCCGUUGUGCGGCCCAGAUGUACAUCGCUUUGUCCUUGGGUAGCACUGAAGGCCUUCUUCUGGGCAUCAUGGCCUAUGACCGCUAUUUGGCCAUCUGCCAUCCGCUGCUAUAUGCCAUUGCCAUGGACAAGUGGCGCCAACUGCAACUCACCUCAGCUUCCUGGGCUGGUGGCUUCCUUCUCUCCAUGAUGAAUGUGGGCUGCACUCUUCGUCUCCCCUUCUGUGGCCCCAACCACAUCAACCACUUCUUCUGUGAGCUGCCAGUGGUGUUAAGACUCUCAUGUGGUGACACCCACCUUACUGAGGCUAUCAUUUUUGGAGCAGCCAUUCUGAUCCUUGUAGUUCCCCUCUCUGUUAUCCUAACCUCUUAUGGACUCAUUCUCUCUUCCAUCUUACAAAUGCAGUCAGCUGCUGGCCGGAGCAAGGCUUUUUCCACAUGUGCUUCCCACCUGGCAGUGGUCACCUUGUUUUAUGGCACAGUUAUCUCUAUGUAUAUGAGACCCCGGUCAGGCACAACUCCAGAUCACGACAAGAAAAUUGCAGUCUUCUACAUUGUGGUCACCCCCUUGCUCAACCCUAUCAUUUACACUCUACGGAACAAGGACGUCCAUGGAGCAGUGGCCAAAGUGCUGCAAAAAUUGGGCUUUGGAAAAAAAGGAUGA